UUCUGCUAAGAAUUGUUACGUUGUUUACAUAUCUCAGUAACUGUUACCUGUUAACGAUCUGAGAAAAGUUUGUGAAAAAUGAAAUAUUGUUCCCUAUCCUACUUUAUUGUCAAUAUAUGUGAAUACUUUCACAUUCCAGAUGUAGAUGCAUGUGGGAAAAGGCGAUUAUAUUAUAGGAAUUAAUGUUCAUAGCUGUCCAGGGCAUUGAACGGCUGAAAAUUGUCCUUGCAUCUCUCUAUGCUGAUGAAGAUGUGAUGCAGUGAAUCACGAGACCAUGGAUAUAGGACGACCAGCAAAGAGAGUCCGCUCAGAUCCAGACGUCGGUCCCAGUAGCUCUGAUUGGCUGGCAUCAGCCGCGGCAGAGGGUCAAGAAAUUGUUCAAUGUACGAUGUUAUCUGGUGAUGGUCAUUGUCCGUCCAGUAGAAACAUGUCUGUCGUAACUACCCCUAUUGAAACAAGUCAUACCAAUGUAGCAAACCUUGGUAACCCAGAAAAUUAUCAGGUGAAAUCUGAGGAUGAAAAGAUAAUAAACAGUUGUAAUAUUUCACAGAUGGAGAAAUCUACUGGUAAAGAUAAAGAAACAGAUAUUGUUACACCUUCUAUAGGUAACUGGGAUGGCUCUGCUAAUGAUACAGAACAGAAAAGGGAACAUUUUGAUAAAGGUGACAAUGUCUCACCUGCAGAUUUACCUGUAGCAGUAGAAAGUGACCACGGUAUACAGGUAAAGAGUGUGUAUGACCUUGAAAUGGAGGAAGAUUAUAAGGAAGUAACUGUUCAGUCAUUACAAAGUUUGAGGACCGCAAAGAGGGACAACAAAGAAAAUGUGAUCAAUAAAAACGGUCUUGUGCUUUUAUCAGAGAAGGUGCAAGAUGAUGUUGCUAGUGGAUUAACUAAUAUUUCAGAAAAGGUAAAGGAAAGUGGAACAGAUACAUGUGUUAGUUCUAAGUCAAACAUAAAUAAGGAUGCUUCUAAGGAAUCACCAGUACCAGUACCUGCACAGGUUACCAUGAGCAACAAAACAAAGCUUCAACGAAGGGUGUCCUAUGUGUAUAGUAAAGAGUUGAUUCAGGAAUGUAACCUCAUGCAAAAGAUUCCUAACAGGGCAGGCAUGGUGCACAGUCUGAUUGAAGCUUAUGGAAUACUCAAAUAUAUGAGAGUUAUUGACCCUUCCAAAGCGACAGAAGAAUCACUUUGUCUGUUUCAUUCCCCCGAAUAUAUAGAAUUUCUGAAGAAAAUCAAUGAUCAGGAGGAUGAAGAAAUCUACGAUGAAGAAGCGGCACAGUUUGGCCUGACCUAUGACUGUCCUGUCCAUCAGGGCGUGUUUGACUACGCCCUGUCUGUGGGAGGAGCCACCGUCUCUGCAGCAGAGGAAUUGAUCCGCAGGCAGUGUGAUGUGGCCAUUAAUUGGUGUGGUGGAUGGCAUCAUGCUCAAAAGGACAGCGCAUCGGGUUUCUGUUAUGUCAAUGACAUCGUCCUUGGGAUACUCAAGCUACGAGAGAAGUUCUCCAGGGUGCUGUAUGUCGAUUUGGACCUACACCAUGGAGAUGGUGUACAGAAUGCUUUCUAUGCCACAUCAGCAGUAAUGACGGUCUCCAUACACAAAUAUGCUGCUGGAUUCUUCCCAGGUUCAGGACAGCUAGAAGAUAUUGGAAUUGGCAAGGGCAAGAAAUAUUCUAUCAACAUCCCGCUACAAGAUGGUGCUAGGGACCAGGAGUUUGUCGCUUUGUUUUGCAGGGUGAUACAGAAGGUGCGCACUGUGUUCAGACCUGAGGCGAUAGUUUGUCAGUGUGGGGCGGAUGGUUUGGUUGGUGAUCCUAUGGACUCUUUCAACCUCACUCCGCUGUCGUUAGGCCGCUGUGUGUACUUCCUGUUAGACUGGGCACUCCCCACACUUCUGCUGGGAGGAGGUGGCUACCAUCACACAAACACAGCCAGGUGCUGGACCUUUCUGACAAGUGUAGCUGUCGGUAAAAAACUGCCAUCAGAUAUACCUGAUCAUCAGUAUUUCAUGGAGUAUGGACCAGACUAUGGAAUUGACAUUUCGGCUGGUAACAGGAAGGACCAAAACUCACAGGAAUACUUACGGAAAGUCCAUCGGUACAUUAUUGAUAUAUUAUCGCACUGAGGCACUCAACUCAAAUGGAAUCUUGUAUGACAAAGGAACAAAAUUUGAUGACAAAGAUCACAGGAACACUCUCCAGUGUGAAUAUAUAUGGUAAUGCAAUGAAAUUUAGAAGAGUGAUUUCAUCAAGACUGUAUUUAAUAUGUACAAACAAAAAAUAAGUGUGAUCAUGGAACAUUUAGUCUUAUUCAGAUACAUCAGUCACAAACUUUUUCAUGGAACUCCUUCGUCAGAUCUUUAAAUCAAAAGAGAUAUUGAAGUAUGAUCGAGGCUCAAUACGGAUGCAUUACCAAGAAUGUUCAACAGAGACAAAUAAUGUGAUGGAAUAAGGGACAUAUGUUGUUGAGGACGAAAGAAACAGUAUUUGAACAAUCAAAAGACCAUAUGCAGGCCCUCUUUGCCUCUUGUUAUUUGAUAUUUGUCAAAAAAUACAUUUAUUUAUUUGUCAAAGAAUGAACUGAUAAUUAAUAUUAUGAUGCAAUUCUUAAUAAAUUCAAUAGAAAAGGAUUACAUGUAAGGGUUGUUCCGUUUAUUAUGUAUGUUCCGAUUCAUGUCAACUGGGACUGGUUCAGUACAAGUCUUGUGAUUUGGUCAAAAUGGACUGUUUGUUAGCCAUUGACCGAACAGCUGCCUAAUGAAACUACCACUGUGGAAUGAUUUUAUUACAAAUUUGUUUCUGUAUAGACAGAUUGAACAUUUCUUAUCCAGAUACCAUCUUCAGAAUGAAUAAUUGCAUAAAGCUCAAACUUGGUGUACAUGUUACCUUUAGGGAAGAGGAGGAACCAAAUAGUCGUCUAGAGUCAAGGACACUUACUAAAAAUGCAAUUUCACAGAAUGUGAACCUAACUGUUAAUGCUAAACUUUAGAACUUUGUGUGUGGGUUGCCCUGGGGCAGAGGAAACCCUAUUGAUUUUUGGCCUCUGGUUUAUCUAGGGUCAAGGUCACCUUAUACAUGCAAUACUAUAGAAUAUGUAUCAAGAUUCAAACCCGGAACAAAUGAUCACAAAAAACUUGGACUAAGAUAAGGGUUGCUCUAGGGAGAGGAAGUAUCAUUUUGGGUGUGGUUUGUCAGAGAUCAUGG